AUGCCCUAUGUGACAGUUCCUCGAGGCGUUGUCCUCCUAGAUCAACCACGCGCCUUUCGCUAUCUGCGCCAGGACCCGUUUUCAGCGUUGCGCAGUUCAAGCCUUGGCAGUGGACUUCAAGCCGUCCCAGCUGCAAGAGCCAUAGCAAUAUUGUCAAUGUCUAAAUACGGCAAGAACCAUGAAUAUGUAUACGAUGCCGGAGCCACCAGAUCAAAUCAGGUUGCGAGCUACCCAGGCAUUGCGCAGCCCGCAUUCGCCUCGCAUUACACGGAUGCGCCCGCGCUACUAGGCCAUGAGUCCACGAGUGCAGAGGUGCCCUACAUCCCUAGCUCGACAUACGAGUCACGCGGCAUAGGAGACGUUCAAUCCAACCCAGCAUUUAUCGACGCAAUAGCUCGUCAUCCCGCCUCACUUGCAGAUACUGAAACGGAAAUCACCGAACCGAUUACACCUGCGCAAGGUACAGCUGGAUCUCUGGUAACGUUGCAACUCCGAACGAAUUACGACCUUGAUGCGAACCAGCAUACCUUCAUACUCAUGUUUGGCCAAAAGAAGUGCGUUGGUGCACUUCAAAAAGUCGACUACGAAGACGACGAAUCGUGGUACAACUACGUUCUGAACGUCGAAGUGCCCCCUUUCCCACUGACCAACACAUUCGAUCCAACCAUGAUGUUGAAACUGCAGAUGGAAGAUAAGAUGGGUAACCUACGAUCGCAAACGAACGCGGGGAAGUUCACCUAUACCGACAUGUCGCCAAACCUCGCAUAUCAAUCAUCGCCGGAUUUCUCCAGAAAACGAAAGUACUCACCCGAGUUUGGCAAUGAUCGAGAAUUUUCCGACGGUAAUGCUGCAAAGCGAACGUUUGCGAAGCCACGCGCUAUGUCUGGAGCGUAUUCUGCUGCACACAUGUCACCGCUGGCGACCCAGUCUGCGCUGGCCAGUUCGUACGCACAGAGUAGCAGGUACAAUCUAGCAAAGCCAGCAAACUACGGUUCGCAACUGCCGCAGAAAGGCCUUUACGCAGUACCCUCAGGCAUGGGCAUGAGCCAUGGUGAAUACGAGCUUCCACAGAUGUCGCCAAUGCUGCAUUCAUAUGCCCCCUAUAAUCCCCUCGCCAGUACUGGUCGAAACCCCACCGCCCCCGUCUUGCCUUCACCGUCCACUAUUUCUACACCAGUCCUCGUCCGAGCCACACAUCUUGCGCAGGCGAGUGGGAGCACGUCUUCAGUCCGGCCUUUCAACCCGUAUGCUAUGAGUCAGAGCAAGGCGAUGCUAAAGAUAGACGGAGAUCUUGACAAGAUGGCAGACGAUUGGUCGCAGGAAGAGUUGGAGGCCAAAAGACGGCUUGUUGGGUUCGAACGAUCGCAAAAUGGCAGCACCAUAACGACUUCCUUCGAGCCUACUCCAGGGGAAGGUCGGGAUGCACGUCGUAUCUGCGUCAGCUGUAUCUGGUGGGAAGAAAAGGACGAGUGCUUCAUCACAAGUGUAGACACGAUAUAUCUUCUGGAGCAACUCGUGAACGUACGCUUUACCGUCGAGGAGAAAAAUCGCAUACGUCGCAACCUCGAGGGUUUUCGCCCCCUCACCGUAUCGAAGGCAAGACCAGAUAGCGAAGGAUUCUUCAAGGUUAUCAUGGGCUUUCCCCAUCCCAAACCUCGCAAUAUCGAGAAAGACGUCAAAGUAUUUCCCUGGAAGAUACUCGCGCAUGCACUAAAGAAGAUUAUCAGCAAAUAUUCUGCUAGCUAUGCUUCAACGGCCGGUGCUGGGCAUCUCCCACUUUCCACAACCUCCUCGUACGCUCCAAGCGCCACCCCGCAGGCAACGUUGGGCGCCCAUCGAAACGCGUCACCACAAUCAGUGCCCACGUCCACUGCUUCAACGGCCUACACACGUAACUUGGCCUCUUCUAGCCUAUCGCCCCACCAGAAGGUGGCAGCAGGGCUCGAAGGAUCAGCAGGACAGGGCAUACCGGUUUCUCAGAGGACACCUCCAGGACAGAGCAUGACUCCGUGGAGCAAUUCCACUCAUCAGAUGUCACAAUACCCCUCAACGAUGUCUCAUGAGGGGCGAGGGUCCUGGGACUAUGGGUAUCUAAGUGCUUCGGCUGCAACGGAAGUGCCGCCAAUCCCCCAUUCGCUGCAAAUGCCACGACAGAACGCGACGCCCAACCUCAGCCACAUAUCCGCAACCCAUACCUACCAUCAAUACGGCGAAGACACGACGAGGGUGUAG